AUGGAUGCUUUUGGUGGUGGUGAUGAGGAAUACAUAGAGCUGAGGAAAGUCCUUGCUGAAGUCGAGGACGAUCCAGACAAUUACGAAGUAUGGGAGAAAUUGGUCAAGGCUGGUGAGAGCCUCGAAGGUGGCAUCAACCGAAACUCGAGUUCGCAAGCCAUCACCUCGGUGCGCAAUGUCUACGAUCGAUUCCUCGCCAAAUUCCCUCUGUUCUUCGGUUAUUGGAAGAAGUACGCCGACCUCGAAUUCUCUAUAGCAGGCACUGAGGCUGCCGAACUCAUCUACGAGCGCGGCGUGUCCAGCAUCACAAACUCGGUCGACCUCUGGACGAACUACUGCUCUUUCAAGACCGAAACCAGUCACGAACCGGAGAUCAUUAGAGAGUUAUUCGAAAGAGCCGCGACAUGUGUGGGCCUUGACUUCCUGGCCCAUAUUUUCUGGGAUAAAUAUAUCGAGUUCGAAGAGCGAAUGGAACAGCAUGACAGGAUCUUCGCUAUUCUUAAUCGGAUUAGUGCUAUUCCGAUGCACCAAUAUGCUAGAUACUUCGAGAAAUACCGCACUAUGGCACAGAAUCGUCCUCUGACUGCGAUCGUCCCACCUGGUGUGCUCACCAAACUACAGAUCGAGCUCGAGAACGAGGGUGCUGGCUACAAGGCUGGUCGUAGUCAAGUCGAGGUCGAACGAGAUUUACGUACACGAAUCGACCAAUACCACCUGAACGCUUUUCAGCAAACACAAGCCGAGACCACGAAACGAUGGACGUACGAAUCCGAAAUCAAACGGCCUUACUUCCAUGUUACCGAUCUCGAUGAGGGUCAGAUUGUCAAUUGGCGAAAAUACCUCGACUUUGAAGAAGCAGAAGGCGACUUCACCCGCAUCCAAUUCCUUUACGAACGAUGUCUCAUCACGUGCGCUCUACAUGAUGAGUUCUGGAUGAGAUAUGCUCGAUGGAUGAUAGCUCAGUCCAACAAGCAAGAAGAGGUCAGGAAUAUCUACCAGCGAGCGUCUUGUAUCUUCGUUCCUAUCGCAGUUCCAGCCAUACGGCUUCAAUAUGCCUACUUCGAAGAGAUGCAGGGUCGGGUCGAUGUUGCGAAGGCCAUCCAUGAAGCAAUAUUAUUCCAAUUGCCAAGUCAUGUCGAAACCAUCAUCUCGUGGGCCAACACAUGCAGGAGGCACGAUGGUCUAGACCCCGCAGUCGCUGUCUACAAAGCUCAACUUGACAAUCCAGCUUGUGACACUACAGCCAAAGCUGCUGUCGUUGCUGAAUGGGCUCGACUAGUCUACAGAACAAAAGGCUCAGCCGAAGAAGCCCGUCAAAUAUACAGGAAGAAUCAACAGCAUUACCUCGACAGUGCCGCAUUCUGGACGAGCUUCCUCAAGUUCGAGAUUGAUCAACCUGCAUCGCCUGAUUCGGAGAAAGAGCAUCACACUCACAUAAAACGUGUGGUCGACGAUGUACUGCAAAAGACGAAGCUCUCCAUACCUGUGCUUCAAGCCUUGGUAACUACAUAUAUGCAGUAUUUGUUGGAACGAGGAACCAAAGACGCUGCUAAGGAAUACAUGGAUCUCGACAGGGAGAUCAAUGGUCCUGUGUCGGGACAAAAGGUACUGAAAGGUAGAUCUUCUAGCGAGCAGCAGCCCGUAGGUCAAGGGCUUGGACUUGUGAAUGGACAGAAACGAAGACAGUAA